AAGUGGGCGGAGCCUGGGCGCGCACUCUGCCUUUAAACCAAGCCGUGCCCAGCCGCCAGGACCGCCGAGCUGUUACCUCCAGACCGGGUGUGCAGACUGACUGACGGGAGACACGCGGGGUGUAACAAUGGCUGAAAAUGGGGAUAAAGCACAAAUGACUGACUUGGAAGGAAAGAUUUGUCGACAAAUUGAGUUCUACUUUGGAGACCACAAUCUUCCACGUGACAAAUUCUUAAAGGAAAAGAUCUCUCUUGACGAUGGCUGGGUACCUCUUCAGACUAUGAUAACAUUCAACAGGUUAAACAAAUUAUCAACAGAUUUUGGGGCGAUUUUUGAAGCACUUAAAAAAUCAAAGAGUGGUUUACUGGAAUUAGAUGAAGAAAACUCUAAAAUUAGGAGGUCUCCAAAUAAACCCCUACCCGAAGUAACAGAAGAAUACAAAAAUGCUAUUAAAAAAAAGUCUGUUUAUAUUAAAGGGUUUCCAAUCACCACAACGCUAGAUGAAAUAAAAGAAUGGCUAGAUGGCCACGCCUCAGCUGAAAACAUUCAGAUGAGGAGAACACUACAGAAAGCAUUCAAGGGCUCAAUCUUUGCAGUAUUUGACUCAGAAGAAUCUUUAAAAACAUUCCUGGAAAAGAAAGAUCUGAAAUUCAAAGAGUCUGAUCUGAUUAUACUGGCAAAGGAUGACUACAUUGCAAAAAAAAUUGAAGAGCGAAAGCAGCACAAAACAGACUCUAAAGCAAAGGCCAAACAAGAAAAAGAGGCAGCCCAGAAAGAAGCAGAAGAUGCCGAAAUGAAAUCAUUAGAUGAAAAAACUGGAUGCCUGCUGAAAUUCUCAGGUGAUCUCGACGAGUUGACCUCUAGAGAAGACAUCCAUGCUUUAUUUCAAAGUCACGGAGAAAUCAAAUGGAUUGAUUUUAGUAGAGGUGCAAAAGAGGGAAUCAUAUUAUUUAGAUCAGGCGCAAAAGAGGCCCUGGAAAACGCCAAAUCUGCAAAUAACGACCAAUUACAGCUUAAAGGAAAGGAUGUGAACUGGGAGGCCAUGGAAGGCGAGGCAGAGAAGGAAGCUUUAAAGAAGAUUAUUGAAGACCAGCAGGAGUCUUAUAACAAACGGAGAGGCAAAGGUGGUAAAAAGUUCAAAGGAAAGGGAAAAGGUGGUAGAGGAAAUGAAAAUUCUUCUAGAAAGAGAGUUCAGUUUCAAGGCAAAAAGAAGAAAUUUGAAAGCAGUGAUGAAGACGACUUGGAUGAUACAGAUUCUCCAGAGAAGGCAACUGUUGAAAAGAAUGGUGCCAAGGCCCCUGGAAGUCCCAAGGCCCCUGAAAGUCCCAAGAAGAGGGCAUUAGAUGAUACUGCAGCAGAAGAGCCAGCUCCAAAACAAGCAAAAACAGAAGGGGGUGCUGGGGAUCAGUAAUAUACUGACUCAAGUAACCGUUUUUUAGUUGCUCUUUAUUUUUUUUUAAAAAGCAAACUGAUUUUAAGUUUUUUUCCCCCCCCCAAGUACUGAAUGUCAGUUGAAUGAGAAUCUCACGAAGUCCACUUCAAUAUCAACCUGCAAAGAGAUUUAUUUUUUUUAAGUUUUGUUUCUUGGGUGCAGGACGGCCCUAAACUGCUCUCCUGGACUUUUUAUAUUUAUGAUUUUUGUUAUUAGAUAAUCUUCCAGGCUUUGAGUAGUGAGAGGUAACUCACUAAGCUGUAUAAAUAUUAAAUAAACUAUUCUGUCUUAA